ACAACGAUACACACACACACAGAGAGAGGCGGUUCAGCCGAUCAGAGCUCAAUGAUGUCCACGUCAGUCGGGCUGUGGGCCGGUCGUGGAGACCCACUCAGUGUGUGUGUGUGAGAGAGACAGAGAGAGAGAGACGGGGGGAGCGGAACGUCUCCGUGCGCUCAGUGCUGAGGGGGAGAACCCUGAAGAACACACACACACACACACACACACACACACUCGCGCAUACACACACUCUCUCUCUCACACGCGCAGGCCGCUUUCGGGGACGUCCGCACGAGAAGAAGCGCGAGGACUACAAGCGCGCGGAAGGACGCAGAAGAAGAAGAAGUGAGCGAGUGAACUGCUGCGGAAAGUUCGCGGGCGGACGCGCCGCUCAUUCAUUGCUGGACGGAGGAGAGACGACUGGUGGUGGUGGUGGUGGUGUGUUCCCGGAGUGAUGUCAGCAGAUUGGCCAUGAGGACUCUGCUCCAGUAAGAUGUAGUUCCGCGCAAGGCGUGUAAAGACGAGCAAAGGCGAGAGGCAGCAGCGCAGGCGCCAGCGGUCCGAGCCAAAUGCAAGGAGCACACCAGGUCACGACGUCGUGUGGAAAGAUAAGCCGUUAAUCAUUGACCAGCUGUGGGAAACCCCUGGAGGCAUCUGCCGUAGAAUGCGUUUGCUGCUCCAAGUCCCUCGGCUCUGAAUCACGAUCCAUCUUCACCCCGCUGGAACACCGCAAGCAGCGCAACGAUCCCAUCAACGAAGGCCCCCUUGAGCGCUUGUGGCCUCGUGCUGCUGGACUAGGAGUUCAGAACCAGCGUCAUGUGUCACGUGAUUGUGACGUGCCGCUCCAUGCUGUGGACCCUGCUUAGCAUCGUGGUGGCUUUUGGAGAGCUCAUUGCUUUCAUGAGUACGGACUGGCUGGUGGGCUUUCCCCGGGUGCCAGAGGCCAAGCCAGAGGUACAUGUCUCCCAGGAGCCUUAUCGGCCCACGUUGGGCCUGUAUGGCCGUUGCAUCAAGGUGACGGGCCACCGACGCGGCAUCAUUUGUGGACCCUAUGCCAUGCACUUUGGGGAGAUCGCCAGUGGCUUUUGGCAGGCGACUGCCAUCUUCCUGGCUGCCGGCAUCCUGCUGCUGUGUGCCGUGGCCUUCAUCUCAGUCUUCACCAUGUGCUUCCAGAGCAUCAUGAAGAAAAGCAUCUUCAAUGUGUGCGGCCUGCUUCAGGGCAUUGCAGGGCUGUUCCUGAUCUUGGGUCUGAUGCUAUACCCAGCUGGCUGGGGCUCAGACAAGGUGCAGUCCUACUGUGGCCCAGAUGCCUCUCCCUACAAGCUGGGCCAGUGCUCGCUGGGCUGGGCCUUCUACACAGCCAUCGGCGGCACGGCGCUCACCUUCAUCUGCGCCGUCUUCUCCGCGCAGGCCGAGAUCGCCACCUCCAGCGACAAGGUGCAGGAAGAGAUCGAAGAGGGCAAGAGCCUCAUCUGUCUGCUGUGAAGCCCUGCCACCCCACCAGCACCCUGGAAAACCAGCGCCUUUGUCACUCAUUAAAGGGAUCAAGACAUUUUUGUACCACUAAGACUACCAACAUUCUUAACUGCUCUGUUUGUUUCUUCGGUCGCUCUUUUCGCUUUGUUUGUUUCUCCUUUGCACGGACGCCGUUUGUCCACGUGUUAUUCGGUCUUUUGUCGGUGCCAGCUGUCUUGACACACAGAGUGGAGCGCUAGCUUGUAUAUACUGUACAGAACGUCUUGCCGUGUGGGAUUUUGUGUCCCAACUUUUUUUUUUUGUCCCCUCCACCCUUGAAAAGCAACGCUCAGUAGAUUCUCAGUAAGUGGUUACCAGUCUGGUGUUUGCUGGACGGAAGAAUUUGAACUAGGAAACCACUACUAUUAUCUUAAAUGUCCACGGUUCAUCCUCAGUUCGCAAAGCUACCGAAUGUAGAUGUAAAGAGUGAGAUGAUUCUUUGACCCUUGAAAUGUAUUAGAAAUGUACCUGUGAUGCGUUGUGCCAACUGCUGGUCACCACUUGAGAGAACCAAGUUAAAAGUGCUGUUUGGAGGAUAAUAGAAUACAAAUCCCCUGUGGACAGCAACACAUUCUUUUAUCCUUCAGUGCAGAAAAAAACGUGAUCAUCAAGAGGUAGAAUAGUCCUGUGUUUCUCUCUUUUGUCUUUAUGCUCCUGUGUUGUUCGCCAUUGUGUCAUUGGCCUGGAAAUUUAGAAACCUGUGUAGAGACUUCAUCCCACUGAUGAAGAUGAGACAUCACCCGCCGAGAGGGACUGGAACAGGAAUGGUUGUGCUCUGUUCUUUUUGUACGGAGGAGCGGAUAUGUGUAUCCUAUUAGGCAGGCUUCAGUCUCCGGCUCGCUCGGAAGGAGAAGGUACGAAUACCUGGAUGCAGCACUCUACCACUGGAGUCUGCCAGUCACUAGAGAGGCCAUCAGGCCUGAGCCAUCAGCCCUGGAUGUGCUUCUUCUUGAUCCCUGUCUUUUCAGCAAGGAGUUGCUUCAAGAACCCUGUUUUUUUUCCCCCCACUGAUUGAAAGAAAUGAGUCCUUAUGAAUGUCAGGGGUUAUAAACUGUGCCUUUCCAUCUGCUUUGGGGUUCACCUAUUUUUUUGGCACGGUAUUUGCGAUAAAUGACUUUGCUCCAUUUUCAAGCUGCGUUACUGGGAACAGUGAAUACUAACUAAACUGUCGGUUUUUCUUCCAGCACAUCUGGGGGGAUGAUAUUCUGCAACCCCCCCCCCAGAAAAAAAACUGCAGCUUGUAUGAAUUUUGCUGCGGUUCAGGGACCAAGAGGUGACUCACCGCCAGAGUCUCAUGCUAUACCAUAGAUCCAGCUUGUUCCAUCAGCGCUGUGUCCACAAAAUCUGCUCAAUUACUCCCAGAUAUGACAGAAUGUUUUGCAGAUUCUCCCCCAAGGGUCCAGACAAAUGUCACCAGCAGUUUAGUUUCAUUUGUAUUAUCUCCUCUAAUUAAAACAGUUUCACUCGUUCUGUAUUUGCUAUACUUUUUUUAAACCGGACUGGUCACAUCAAUCAGAUAUUUUGUGGAGUCAACCUUCAGAAAAUGAUGGGCAGACCCGUGUCUGUACUUACUAGGCUAGAACUGCAUUUUUGCAGGCAACUUCCCACUGAUGUUUUGAGUUUUUGGGGUGCAUUUGUUGUGGCUGAAUUUUUUAAAAUAUUUUGAUGACAUUUCAUGUACUGAGAGUUCCCAAAAACAGACAGAAGGAAGGCAGCAGUGAAACAAGAAAGUGCCUGGAAACCUCAAACGCCUCGGUGUUUAAGUGCAGGUGUACGAUUCGGUUCCCCUUCCAGUCCACGCGUGUCGUUUUGUAAUGUUGGGCACUAGUAACCUCUAAGAGCCACGAGUCAGGGUUUUGGCUGUCGGCAGCCAGGUCGCCAAUGGACAGAUUGCUCAACUUGAAACCGAGACUGGAACUGAUCUUUCAAAUCCAGCCCACUGCACUGUGUGCCAUGAAAAGGGUUAUUUGCUGAGGUCUUCCUAUAACCAUGGGGGGGGG